UUUUUGUCUCAUCAGGCAGCGAGGAACUGUCUGGUUAACGAGCACAACGUGGUGAAGGUCAGCGACUUCGGGAUGACCAGGUACGUUCUGGACAACCAGUACACCAGUUCCAGUGGAACCAAGUUCCCAGUGAAGUGGUCUCCUCCUGAAGUUCUCCACUACAGUAAAUACAGCAGCAAGUCCGACGUCUGGUCCUUUGGUGUGGUGAUGUGGGAGAUCUACUCGGAGGGUCGGACUCCGUUUGAAAACAGAUCUAAUCUGGACGUCGUGAAUGAAAUCACCAGAGGAGUCCGACUGUACCGACCGCACCGCGCCUCACAGCCGCUCUACGCCAUCAUGUACCGCUGCUGGCACGAGAAGCCUCAGGGUCGGCCGUCUUUCUCCGAGCUCCUGGAGGAAAUCAGGAAACUGGCUGAAAACCCAGAUUAAUACACACACACACUCAUACACACACACACACACACACACGUUUUAUCGCUGUUUAUCAAACUCUUUGUUGCUGUGAUCCUGAAUGUACACAAACUGUAUUUUCUUACUGUAAAUAACUGUUUUUCAUGACAACUUUUCAGAUAACUUUACAAACACACAUAACCUGAAAAAUCUAAAAAUGUGACGUGAAAAGCCCAGGAGGUGAUAUAGAUGUGGUGGUUUUUUUCAGACACGCAAACGAUUUUAACGUAAUUCGCACAUGCACGUUUUAUUAAAAUGCAAAUUACUGAUACAAUUAAACACAUAAAAUGCACUUUUUAGUUUCUGCCUCAGAACGACUUGAUGUCAUUCGUAGUAAUCAUAUUUGACAGAAUAUAGCCCACACAGCGUACAAGUUAGUCAUUUGCGUGUUUAAAAAAAAAAAAAAAAAAGUCACCUCCAGAUCUCCUUAGAAAUUCACAGUUUGUGAAGGUUUACCUCAAAAUGACUUUAACUGAAUCACUGUGACAUUAAUGUCACACAUCUGCAGCUCAUUCAGCCGCAGUCACACAGCCUGGUACACUGUGUUUGGAAAAAAAAUACAAAUAUUUGUUGUAAAUGUUGUAAAUCAGUCACACAUUUUGUAUUUGUGCACUUCUGAUGACGUCAAAAAAUGCACUCCAUGAUGAACUUGAACAAACUUUAUUUUGGAUUUAACAGUUAAGUUAUUUACAUUUAACAACUGGACAAAUUAUUAGAAACCUUCUCCAUAUCAUACGACUCCGCAGCACAAACUAUAAAAUGACCGUAAAGCUUAACAAAACAAGACUGAACAUUAUAACCUGCAUUUACUGCAGGACUGAUUUAUUAGACCGGAUAGUUUGAUCUAAAAGAACUUAAAAAUAUUUGAACGGAGCAGCAGUGCAGUCAAACUGUCAGCAGGUGGCGUGAAAGAAAGUGAGCCAUCCUCAGGAGGACAGAUGUUUCUGAAUUAAAAAAUAAUAUAUUUUUAUGAAUGUAACCAAAGCUGCAAACAGUGCAGUUUAGAAAUGUGAGAGAAAAUAAUUAAUGUAAGAUGCAGGAAGAUGUGUGUGUAAGUCAGUGUGUGAGAAGUCUUUACCUCUGCAUGUCAAUUUUAAAUUUAUUUAUUAAAAGUUUUAAGAGAUUCAUGUAAGGAACUAUUCACUAGUGUGGUACAACCUCCAAAAUAUAUUUUUGUGAAAACUUAUAAAAAAGUGAAAAACGUUUAUUUAUCUUGGAUGGGGGUUAUGUGUUGUAUAUAGUGAUGUUAGAAGUUUAUGAAAACUCAUGUUUAUGUUGAUGUGUAAAAAUGACAAGAAUAUUAAAAUAGCAAUAUUUGUUUAUAAAAAAAUAAAA